UAAAGGGGUGUGCGCGAGUUAAAAGGCUGUCUGUCUCAUCUCACUUUGCAGACUGUCGAUCUGCAAACCCCGCCGUGUCGCACAACUGCACCUUGCAAAUUAAAUCCACCGAUAACCAACCAUGGCGGCCAAGCGUGCAAUGGUCAUUUUGGCAAAAGGAGCCGAGGAGAUGGAGACGGUUAUACCGGUGGACAUCAUGCGUAGAGCCGGGAUUUCAGUAACCGUGGCGGGACUGAGUGGGAAGGAGCCGGUGCAGUGCAGCCGGGAUGUGCUCCUCUGCCCAGAUGCCAGCCUGGAAGAGGCAUGGAAACAGGGUCCUUAUGAUGUUGUCGUCCUGCCAGGAGGAAACCUGGGAGCCCAGAACCUCUCUGAGUCCUCUGCUGUGAAGGACGUGUUGAAGGAUCAAGAAAGCAGUAAGAGGCUGAUUGCAGCUAUCUGUGCAGGACCCACAGCCCUCCUGGCACACGGCAUUGCCUACGGAAGCAGAGUCACCACCCACCCGCUGGCCAGGGACAAGAUGAUGACUGGAGAUCACUACAAGUACUCCGAGUCUCGCGUGGAAAAGGACGGCAACCUCAUCACAAGCCGCGGGCCUGGGACCAGCUUUGAGUUUGCACUGGCCAUCGUGGAAGCCCUAAUGGGCAAGGAAGUGGCCGACCGAGUGAAAGCUCCUCUCGUGCUGAAAGACUAGGGACCAGCGCUUCCGCGGGAUUCAAACCAAUCAAAGAGAGCUUGUCCGGUGGCUGUCGUCUGUGGCCUUCUAAUUGCACCUUCAUCACAUCAUCUGCAAAACCCUGCGCACUUCGGUGACUGUACCCAGCACCCACCUCGGCAGAACCGCGCUGCAAAGCUGGAAUCGCGGGUUCAUGAUUUUGUGGCUUUUUAUAGUUGAUUUCUUGUGCUUUAACAAAGAGCGAGCGUCUGCUUGAUCAAACUUCAAUAAACUUGAAAUGUAAUCUGUCCUUUGA